AUGUCGAAGAGAAUAAUGUGUGAAGUAUUCUGUACUGCUGAGGACUUAGGAAUGGACAUCUUUUAUAGCGAUACGGACAGUAUGCAUCUCUACAAUGAAGAUAUCCCUCGUUUAGCUGAAGAGUUUGAGAAACGUUAUGGAAGAGUUCUCAUUGGUAAAAACCUUGGUCAAUUUCAUAGCGACUUUGCAGAAAUCACAAAAGAUAAACAAAGUUUAGCAUACAAGUCAAUAUUUUGUGGAAAGAAGACUUACAUAGACUUACUCACGAAUGAUUUAAAUGAAGUUGCAUUUCACUGCAGAAUGAAAGGCGUGAAGCAAGAUGUUAUUGCUUUAACCGCUAAUGAAAUGUUUUCUGACUCUGUUCAGUGUUUCUAUGAUGAAGAUAAAGGUAUAAUGGUUCCGCAAGGAAAAUUUGACAAAGACUCUGAGUUCAGUGUUAUGAAGUUAUAUAAAGCACUUUAUGACGGUCAAGAGAUUGGAUUUGACUUAUGUAAGUCUUCUAGUCCUUGCUUUGCUGAAAAGUUUAACUUCUCAAUAACGACUAAAACAAGCUUUAUUCGUAAGUUGAAGUUCUGA